AUGGCUUACUUUAAUGGCGAAAGAUUUGGUGAAAUGACAAAUAACUUGGCUGAGUCUUUCAACAAUUGGGUGUUGCCUUUGAAGAGUCUUCCUAUUCUUGAUAUUAAUGAUGGGAUUAGAGUGAAGUCCAUGGUGUCAAUUGUUUCUCGGAAGGAGGAUGGGCAGGAAUGGUUCUCUGAGUUGUGCCCGAUGAUUGAAAAGAAGCUGAAUGAGAAUUUGGAAGUGGGAAGACAUUGGAGAGUGAGCAGGUCUGAUACCUAUGUGUAUGAAGUUCACUGCCAAAAGUACAAUAGCAUGGUAAAUUUGAAAACUCGCUUUUGUUCGUGUGGAGAAUGGCAGCUGUACGGCUUCCCAUGUUCCCAGGCCCUUAUAGUUAUCCAACAUCAUGGUUCUUCUCACUAUUCGUAUGUCAAUGAGCUGUACAAGGUGGAGAAAUAUCGAGAAACUUAUUCUUUUCCAAUUAAUCUUCUUCCCUCUAUUUCGAAGCCAGUGCGUGAUUUUGGUAGAGAUGUGGUGAUAUUGCAGCCACCUUUGACUAGAAUACCACCUGGAAGGCCAAGAAAGAAGAGGUUCAGAAAAAGGAGCGAGAAAACCAGGGUGAUCAAGUGUGGUAGGUGUGAAAAAUGUGAUGGUCACAACAGAAAGAGUUGUACAGCUCCAAUAUAG